UUUGAGGUGUGGGAGAAAGCAAUACACACACACACACACCCACACACACAGACACACACUCUCACAGGCAUUCACAUAGACACUUAUUUACACUUAAACAUGAUCAUUUAAUACUAUAGCAGAAGUCUUCCCCUUGAGCAAAUUUCAGUCAGGAGACAAGACGAAAGCGGUGUUGAGAAGGGAAGAAAGAAGGAGGGAUGAAGAGGGAUUAAAACUGAUAUGGUAGUUCUGAUUGGAGACACUCCCUCGAGGGUUUACAGGUUGGACGUGUCAGCAGGACACUGCAUGAAGACAUUACACACUUGAUAUUUGUUUAGACGGGCACCGGGCAAGGUUUCAGCCACUGAACCAGCUGCAUGGCAUCCCUGGUGCUAUUUUGACACCUGAGAGUUGUCUGAUUGGCCGAGUCUGAGAGGAUCGGCGUGAUGUCACCAGUGGCGGACGAGACGGCCGGGGACCUCCCGGUCAGAGAUGUGGGACUGAUGCGGGGCGGACUGAUGCCCACUGCCCCAGGUCCAUAUAAUGUACGCAACGUGAAGUCAUGGAAGAAACCCCAAGUCAUGAAGUUAAAAGAUCGUCAGCAUCUGUUUCGGGUUCCCAGGGAGCAGCUGGAGGACCAGUGUCUCCGGCUGCUGGAGGAGAACAACACACUGAGACAUCACACACGCACACAGGAACAGAGGCUACGCAGGAUGUCCACCCGGCUGGCGCGUCUCCGACAGGCCCGUCCCGCGUCAGAGGGGGUCAGGGAGCAAGACAUGGAGGACACCAUACAGGAGCUGGAGGCCCGUGUGACUUCACUGGAGAGCCAGAAGGGGCUGCUGCAGAACAAACUCAGCCUGGCCAGGCAGCACAUUUUGGAUCUCGGGGGACGCACACACCACAGGUUCAGCAAAGGGAAAAGCAUGGAUGGGGAGGGCGGAGUCAGGAGGGCGGCUCAGACAGCUCCGCCCCGCUGCGGCACCACACUGGAGGACACCAGGGGAAUGAUCGAGAGAUUACAGUCUCUGCUCAGCCGGUCCAGUAUGGUUGACACCCAGCAGGUGAGGGCAGCGGAGGUGGAGCUGGCUGCCCAGGCGCUCCGAGACACUCUGAAAGAGAAAGAGAAAGAGCUAGAAGGAACUAUGAGAGAGAUGAGGAAGCAACAGGCAGAGGGACACAGACUGACCAUCAGAGAGAAUGUGGAUCUGAUCCGUAUGCAAAAGCAGCUUUCAGACAAGAGCACCGCCCUGAGAAUCACCCAGGAGAAACUAAAAGACCUGCAAGAGGCAUAUGAGAAACAGCUAGAAGAGAAUCAGAGGUCACUGAAGAAAAGCCAGGGAGCUCUGCUGGAGAAGGUGGAGGAGCUGAGUGAACAGCUAAAGCAGGAGAGACAGAGAGCACUGACAUUGGAGGGACGGCUCACGAGCACCACCCUGUCUCAUCGCACCCUGGAGGAGCUCCAGGAGAGGAUAUCACACUUGGAGGGAGAGAAGGCUUUGCUGAAACAAAGCCAUGACACUCUACUGGAGAGUACCUUGUCCUCCAGAAGCGUCCCUGAUGUCCGGACAGAUAAAGAGCGCCGUGCGGGCCAGCAGAGGGAGAGAGAGAGCGAUGCAGUCUGGAGGAAUCGCAUCCAGAGACUGGAGGAGAUGCUGCAGGCAGAGAAGAAGGAGAGGGGGAAGGUGGAGGAGGAGAAAGAGAGGCUGAGACGGGAGAAAGAGAUGCUGGUGGAGCAGAGAGAGAGAGAAAGAGCAGCGCUUCCUGACUCAUCUGGCUUGAAGAGAGAAAAGUCGGGCCACCUGGAGCGGGAGCUUCACCACUACAAAGAACGAGUGGCGACUCUGCAGGCCAGACUGGACGCUGUCACGAAGGAGUUUGACAUGAGCACUGAGGAGCUCAGUGAAACCCUCAUGCAGAUCAAGGCAUUCAGGCAGCAGCAGGAAAGCAGGGAGGGCCUGCAUUUCUUAGGGUCUGUGAUGAAGGUGGAGGACUCGCCCCGUGAGCUGGCAGACGUCCAGGCGUCGCUCGCUGAGACUGUCUUGGAAUUACAGAAAACCAGAAAUCUGUUAAUGCUGGAGCACCGCAUCAGUAAAGACCUGCAGGAGGAGUUAAACACAGUGAACCAGAGAUUAGAGAGAGAGAAGGAGGAGACCAGGAGGAUGAUGGCAGAGAAAGAAAAACUUUUAUCCAAGAGGGCUCUUCAGAACAACACUUUACAAGCCCAACUGAAGGAGUUAGCAUACAACCCCAGGAACUACAAACGAACCAUUCCAAUCCAGUACACCUGGCCAGGUGGAGACCAGGACGUGGCCCAGCCCAUCGAGGAUGACAUGUCUUUCUCUCAGCUCAGGGCUGGGGAGGCGCUGCUGGAGAUUCACCUCAAGGCCGCCACCUUCACCCCAGGAGGGCUGCGGACCAUGGCUGGCAUUCGAACAGGGGUGGACGUAGGUGGGGACAUCGUGACAUUCUGCACGUACUCCCUCCUGGACUUUGAGGUGCACUCCACGCCUCUGGUGUCAGGAAGUCAACCCAACUAUGGCUUCACAUCCCGCUACGCUCUCACGGCCCGCGACCUAGGCCGACUGGGAGGUCAAGGGUCAAAGGUCAGAGUGGAGCUCCACCAGGCAAUUGGAGGGGUGAAGUUUCUGACCCAUGGAAGGGGACAGAUGUCCCUUGCAGCAGCCAUGGAGAGAAAAGGAGAACGCAUCGGUGGAUGUUUCAAUAUCACAGGCUCUGCGGGUGACGUCAUUGGCAUUGUGGAUUUCUGGGUGCGUCUCUUCCCCCCUGCGGAGCCCAUGGACACCCAAGCUGGGAGAGGAGCUGACAGGAGGGCAGCGACACUGAGGAGUCCUGUGCAGCCCUUUUUCGGCUGGCAGGACACUGGUCACGAGGAGAAGCUACAUGACUUUGGCGGAGGGAUACCCAAUGAGCUGGUGGUAUUAAUGGAGCGCUGUGUGGGCCUCAGCACGCGCUGGCCGGGACUACUUCCUGACGCGUACCUGUCCUACAGGUUCUACGAUCUGGCGCCUCACGUCUCUCCAACGGUCCAAUGCACCACUGACCCGGUGUUCAACGACACCGUCAGCUACCCGCUGGCAGUAACAGCUGACGUGUUGCACUACCUGAGGUCUGGCAAUCUGUGGGUGUACGUGUUUGAUGAUAGUGACGACCAGAUACCACCAGCCUACCUGGCCAAGACCCCCAUCCCACUCCGAUCCCUGGCUACAGGCAGGGAGAUCAGAGGUGACUAUGUGCUCAGGGAUCCUGCUGGUGGACCGCGGGGCCUGGUCAGGGUGCAGAUAAAAUGGAGGUACCCUUUCCAACCACCAGUGGAGUCCCGGGGACGGAGGGAGAAGGACAGAGCAGAGAGAGGGAUGGAGAAACAGAGCAGGGAAGCAGAGAGACAGGACAGACCCAUGGAAAGUCUUGAGAGGGAGAAGAGGAGGAGACAGGAGGCUGAGCAGUUGCAGAGGCCCAUAGCCAAGCCAAGAGUGAAGACUCAGCUAUUUGAGUCAAGAGAAACCAAACCAGUGCAGAAAGAGACAAAAGCCCAGAGGAGAUCGCGGGAUGUGAAAUCACCAGCCACGCCGCUCCAGUCCCCGGAGGGGAGGAGAUCCACCAAGAGGCCGACUGACGUUUACCAGGGCAGACGUCAUCUGACGCCUGAGCCAGGCCGCGCCACUCCUGCCCGGUCUGUGUCUGUAUCUUCAGACAGAGCUUCUCCAAGACGGUCGCCUACCCCACUGUCGAGGAGGAGCUCAGCCAGUGAUGUCAGGACUCGGAACGUUUCCCCAGUGGAUCACGUGUCCAUGGAUGAAGAGGAGAGGAGUGACAGCGGAGACAGUGGCGCGCGGGAGUCUGCCGAGUCAAGCUCAGUGCACAGCGAUAUUAUCAUCGUUCCACCAAAACGAAAAAUCAGAAAGGGAGACAAGCUGAGAGUUGAGAUUCUGUCCCUGACGUUUGGCCCGUCGUCCCACGUGGCGAAGGACAAAUCGGUGCAGCAGGUUUACGUGGAGUAUCGGCUGCUGGGCGUCCCGAUGGAGACGACGGAGACGCCCAUGUCCCUGCGCAAACCGACCAAGGGAGAAGAGAUUCACUACAACUUCACUCGAGUGAUAUAUGUGGAUGGUUCAGAGUCAGGUCCACUUAGGCAGUAUCUUUACACCAUGUUGGAGGGCACUGAUCCCAGCCAGGGCAGGUUAAAGUUCACUGUGGUCAGCGAGCCGAUGGAUGAUGACGAGGAGUGUGUGGACGUCGGACACGCCUUCCUGAACCUGCAGGAGCUGCUGCUCACAGGAAACGAUGUCUUCGAAAAACAGAUUGACAUCGUGAGCGUGGAUGAAGACCAAGAGGUGAUUGGCCAGCUCAAAGUGUCUCUGGAAGCAGCGAAAGCUCUGACUGGAAUAUACAGGGAGUUUCGCCCCAAAAAAGAGCGCAAGAAAAAAGAAGAAACUGAUGACGAAAAGGAGAAGGAUGAGGACGAGAAGCAGGAGGAGGAGGAAGAGGAGGAGGAGGAGGAGGAGGAGGAGGAAGAGGAAGAAGAGGAGCAGGAGGAGGAGGAAGAGAGGAGGAAAAAGAAGAUGCAAAUGGUGACAGAUGAUGAUGACACUGAGUCCCUCUGAAAGAGAUUUAACAAGUAAAACAUGUUUUUUUAGUACUGUAAUUAUACUUACUUGUCCAACCAUUGACCGAUUACCAAAACCUUCACUAAUUCCAUAAUUUUCCAUAGUUGUUUUUUUGUUGUUGUUGUUUUUUUUUUUUUAUCUUGCACUGUUCCCAAAAAGAAUUGAAUAAAGAAUUGUUUUCUGAAAGGC